AACUGAACCUUGUUACGUAUUAAGAAUUCUCCUCGCCCAGGAAGUUGUAGUUUCACCAGGACGCCUGUCCUAAUCGUGGUAGGAUGCAGCGUAUGGUGCCCUACGGACUGGGAAGGCUGCUGGUGAGGAGCAACACGUCCAGCACUACCAGGAAAUGGCUUAUAAACAAAAGCUGCUGCGCCGCACUCCCUACCAGGAACUUUGCCCAGAACAAGGAACCUAAAGUGACCUCGGAUCACUGCUCCGGCACGCUGGCAGAGGUGAUCCAGAAAAUACAAGAGCAAUCCGGCGUUGAUGUAGGUUACCACACCAUACCCAAGGCGCGGGACCACCUCCUGAAGCACCAGCCAAAGCACGAGGAUCUGCCGCCGAGGACAAUGCUCGACUCCCAUACCAUGGUCAUUCUGCCUCUGAGUGCCAGUGAACUGAUCCGUGAGCGGUAUGUGAAUCACCUUGGGCGGGUUAGGCUGGGACGUAUUAUGGAGGAGCUGGACAUGUUCGCCGUAUGGAUAUGCCAUCGUCAUGUCAAGCUACCGGCCCUGCCCGAAGGAGUCCCGCUUCCCUACACCUUCGUCACCCUGCUGGUGGACAAGGUGGAUUUCAUCAACCUAGAGAGGUUGCAGGUCAACCAGGACAUCCAGAUCAGUGGACACGUUUCUUGGACGGGUCGCAGCUCAAUGGAGAUCAUCAUCUAUGUCAGACAGCUUGCCCACGGCGAAUACAUCGAUGUGACGAAGGCCAUUUUUGUGAUGGUGGCCAGGAAUGCCACGAAUACGGGUGCGGCACCCAUAAAUCCCCUCCAGGUGGGUGAUGAGACGGAGGCAUUGAUUCAACAGGCGGCGGAGAAGCGUCAGAAGACGCGGCGUAUAACGGCCCAGGACUCUGUAUUUAAUUCCCCGCCCAGGGAGCACGAACAGACAAUCAUGUACGAGAUCCUCAAGAGGACGACGCCUCUAAACGGGAUGGACUUAAACAAGCGCGUCCUUCCGCCGAAAUGCCGCUGGAUGGAGGACUCCCUGCAGACGACGAUGAUUGCCCCGUUUCCGGAGAACCGGAAUGCCCAGAACACCAUUUUCGGUGGCUACCUGAUGCGCCAGGCCGUCGAGAUAAGCUUCAUUAUGGCCAGCAUCUACCUGGGAGACCGCCCCAUCCUCAAGUGCAUCUCGGACAUCAGCUUUAUGCAUCCUGUGCAUGUGAACACCUUUCUCCAGCUUACCGCCCACGUCGUCUACACCGCUCAGAACUACGUACAGCUGAUGACCGUCGCCCAGGUGUGGGAUCUCAAAAGCGUCGAUAAGGUCCAGACCACCAAUGUCUUCUAUCUCACCUACCGGGCGGACAAGAUACUGGACGAGGUGCUGCCGCGAUCCUACCGCGAGAUGUUGUGGCAUAUCCACGGCCGAAGGAAACUGCUGGCGGCUCUCAAUCUGCAGCCGGAGUACCCCGAUCCACCGCCUAUAAAAAAUGAGUUUAAUAUAAGCACGUAACCAAUGGAUUACUCAGCUCUAAUAUUUUCGUCAAAAUUUGAAGUGAUUUGUUGUUUUAUAGAACACAAAAUGAUGUCUUUAUGGAUUGUUCAAAUCCUAAUAAAGUUGCUCUAUCCAUGGA